CAGUGCCAGCUGUCAGUGCUAAACAGUGCCACGUGCCAGUGCCCAUCAGUGCCGCCUAUCAGUGCUGCCCAAUCAGUGCCGCCUAUCAGUGCCAGUCAGUUCCUGCCUAUAAGUGUGCAUCAGUGCCGCCUGUCAGUGUCCAUCAGUGCCACCUAUCAGUUCCAGUCAGUGCCACCUAACAGUGCCAGUUAGUGCCACACAGCAGUGCCAGUCAGUGCUGCCUAUCAAAGCCAUAUAUCAGUGCUGCCUUUCAGUGCCCAUCAGUGAUG